AUCGUAGUAUAUUUCAAACGAUCUUUCUCGUCACCUUCCAGCUCCAGAGUUCCAAACCUUUGCUCUGCUCGCAUAUAAAAUCGACACUUUCCAUAUUCCUUUAACCCUCAAAAACGCAAGCUGAAGAUUUCAUACAACACACUACACAAAAUCGAUCGAGAAAAAGAUUUACUUCGAAGAUCACAGAGAAUAUUCAUCCCAUCUCUCUCAAUCAUUUCCGAAUUACCUUUUUUUCUUCUAUUAUAUAUACCACCCUUUGGCUUUCUGUCUCUACACCACAAAACCCUUCUCCUCGUCCGUAUUUUUUGACGUUCUUUCUCUGUUUUAGUUUACAGCCUUUUUCUUCCGCGUUCAUCAAUGGCUCCGAGUUUGAGCAAAGCUGGUUCCGAUGCCACCACUCUCGUCGAUGACGUUAAACAGUCUCCAAUCACGUUGGAGGGUUCAAACUUCUUGGCCAAUGGCCAUGUCUUACUUUCCGACGUCCCUGAGAAUAUCACAGCCACUCCUUCACCUUACACCUCCAUUGACAAAUCCAUUACCUCCCUUGGAUGCUUUGUCGGCUUCAACGCCACGCAUUCAAGAAGCCGGCACGUCGUCCCCAUCGGAAAACUGCGGGACAUUAGGUUUAUGAGUAUAUUCAGGUUCAAGGUCUGGUGGACCACCCACUGGGUCGGCUCCAAUGGCCGAGACCUGGAGAACGAGACCCAGAUGGUGGUUCUCGAAAAAUCAGACUCCGGUCGUCCUUAUGUUCUCCUUCUUCCUCUUCUCGAGGGUAGAUUCCGGGCCUCGAUCCAGCCCGGAAACGGCGACAACGUCGAUCUCUGCGUCGAGAGCGGGUCGACCAAGGCCACCGGAGCUUCAUUCCGGAGCAUCAUGUACACGCACGCCGGAGAUAAUCCUUUCACCCUGGUCAAGGAGGCCAUGAAAGUCGUCAGAGCUCACCUGGGCACGUUUAAGCUUUUGGAGGAGAAAACCCCACCGGGUAUCGUGGACAAAUUUGGUUGGUGCACGUGGGACGCAUUUUAUCUAACUGUGCACCCUCGUGGUGUGUUAGAAGGUGUGAGAGGGCUCGUCGAAGGUGGAUGCCCACCGGGGCUCGUUCUGCUCGACGAUGGGUGGCAGUCCAUCGGCCACGAUACGGACCCAAUCACGCAAGAGGGCAUUAACCAAACCAUAGCGGGAGAGCAAAUGCCAUGCAGGCUCUUGAAGUUCCAAGAGAACUAUAAAUUCAGGGACUACAGAAGUCCCCAAAACACCCCCAUCGGUGCCCCCAACAAGGGCAUGGGUGCCUUUAUCAGGGACCUAAAGGAGGAGUUCAAGAGCGUAGACUAUGUGUACGUGUGGCACGCACUAUGCGGGUACUGGGGUGGGCUGAGGCCCGAUGUGCCCGGAAUGCCGAAAUCGGUGGUGGAGAAGCCCAAGCUCUCGCCGGGACUGGAGUUGACCAUGGAAGAUCUGGCGGUGGAUAAGAUAGUUGCCACCGGUGUCGGGCUGGUCCCACCGGAGUUCGUUGAUCAGAUGUACGAAGGGCUGCACUCACACUUGGAGGCGGUUGGCAUUGAUGGGGUCAAGGUCGACGUUAUCCAUUUGCUGGAGAUGCUGUGCGAGAAUUACGGUGGAAGAGUGGAGCUGGCAAAGGCAUAUUUCAAGGCUCUCACUGCUUCGGUGAAGAAGCAUUUCAAUGGGAAUGGUGUUAUUGCUAGCAUGGAGCACUGCAACGACUUCAUGUUCCUCGGAACUGAGGCCAUUUCUCUUGGCCGUGUUGGGGACGAUUUCUGGUGCACCGAUCCAUCUGGUGAUCCAAAUGGCACAUUUUGGCUCCAAGGUUGUCACAUGGUGCAUUGUGCCUACAACAGUUUGUGGAUGGGCAACUUCAUACACCCAGAUUGGGACAUGUUCCAGUCUACUCACCCAUGUGCUGCUUUCCAUGCUGCAUCUCGCGCAAUUUCUGGAGGUCCUAUUUAUGUUAGUGACACUGUUGGCAAGCACAACUUUGAUCUGCUUAAGACCCUGGUUUUACCUGAUGGGUCUAUUCUGCGCUGCGAGUACUAUGCACUUCCUACCCGAGACUGUCUCUUUGAGGAUCCUUUGCAUGAUGGAAAGACCAUGCUCAAAAUCUGGAACCUCAACAAGUAUACUGGAGUUCUUGGGGCAUUCAACUGCCAAGGAGGUGGGUGGUGCCGUGAAACUAGGCGCAAUCAAUGUGCCUCCCAAUGUUCCCAUGUUGUGAGCUCUCGAGCCAACCCAAAUGACAUCGAGUGGAAGAGUGGCAACAACCCAAUCUCCAUUGAAGGGGUACAAGUUUUUGCCCUUUACUAUUCCCAGGCCAAGAAACUAGUCCUCUCCAAACCAUCACAGAACGUGGAGAUAUCCUUGGAGCCGUUCAAUUUCGAGCUAAUCACCGUUUCCCCGGUGGUCGUUUUGACCGGAACAUCUGUUCGGUUUGCUCAUAUAGGCUUGGUGAACAUGCUUAACACCGGUGGUGCCAUCCAAUCAUUGGCUUUCAAUGAUGAGGCCAAGUCGAUCCGAAUCGGAGUGAAGGGCACUGGAGAAAUGAGGGUGUUUGCAUCAGAGAAGCCAAUAGCUUGCAAGAUUGAUGGCGAAGCUGUACCGUUUGAAUACGAGGACUUCAUGGUUGUUAUUCAAGUGCCAUGGCCUGGUUCUUCAAACCCGUCUUUGAUUGAGUACAUCUUCUGAAGUCAGGGGCAGCAUAUUGUUAAUGUCCUUCAGGAUUCUGAUGAUUACAAGUUUUUUCUUUUCUCUUUUAAAAGUUUGAUUACUUAUUUUUUUCCCAAGAUGGGGAAAGUAACUAAGUGAAUUAAACGAUAUUAAAGUGAUAUAUCAAUACUAAUUUUGCAACUGUUGCUUAU